UCAAGAUUCUUUUUGUGUGUUUCCUGCGCGGCACCUACUCGUCGUCAUUCUGCUCCUCCUCCUCCAUCUCCCCGUCUCUUCGCUGGUGCCGUUGCCCUGCUUCAGCGCGUCCUACGGAUCGUCCCCGUCUUCUUCCUGUGCUGUUCACGUCCGCCAUAUCCCGCCGUUCUCACUCCUCGAUCCCCUGCUGCUUCGACUGCUCCUACUCCAUUCUUUUCUUCGUGUUCUUUUCUGAAGAAACUCCGGCCGAUCUUCGACUAGUCUACCUCACUUGCCCAUCCUCUACCUAGCCCUAUCGCUGCCUCCCGUAGUGAUCGUCCCUGGGACUGGCCAGCUAAUCCGUGGCCCAUUAGGUUCCACCUUGGUCCCGAUUCAGGUCUGUUUGUUGGGACUAAGAUUGUCAGCUGUUCGGGAAGACAGAAGCGUUCACAUCUUGCCAAGCACGCAUGCACGCAACGAAGGAAGGAGCAAAGGAAGAACGCAAGGAAGGACGCAACUUACGCAAGUCGGCGGCGGGAGGCGCCUGCCCUGCCUCGAGCAUCCCGACGACGAGGUACGGGACACAGUAGCUUUGCACCGUCGGGAUCUCUGUGUUUUCAUCAUCAUCAGCCCCGACCAGUGGGUCGGCAUCCUGAUCCGAUUCGGCGCUAUGGCUCCUGCGAAGGACAGGAUGUCUCCGGCCGUCUUGUUGAUCACGUUCGUGGUGAUGGCUAUGGCUUCUUCCUUGCCUGUCGGAGAAUCGGCGGUGACAGUGAGCAAGGUCAGCUUCCCCGGGCCCGGCAGCGUCACUUUAUCCGCCGUACGGUACGAGCCGGACGGAUUUUCUGGCGGGAGUAACUUUCCCGCCGUGGUGAUGAUGCACGGCUGCUCGGGGAUGUGGUCCAACAAUAUUGUCGACGCGGCGAACUCAAACGGCACGCCGAAUCUUCAGAAUCAGAUCGAGAAGUGGGGGCUGAAGCUGGCGGGCGUUGGCGCUGUGGCGCUGGCCGUUGAUAGCUUCACGCCACGCGGCCUGCUCACACAGGCGGAGCAGAAUCAGUGCGGAGGCACCAGCUCUGUUGAUCCCUACACGACACGUGUCCAGGAUGCUCGGCUUGCGCACUCCUACCUGACCGGUCUGGCUGGAUCUAAGGUCAACGGAGCGUCUGUGGCGCUUCUUGGCUGGUCUCACGGCGCGCAGUCCACGCUCGUCGAGGCGGCCGCUACGCCACGCGACAGCACCUCCGAGCGACUGGUCACAGAGCACAUCUUCGCCGCGAGCGUCGCCUUUUACCCCGGAUGCGGCACGGCCCUAGGCUUCGGAUCGACGGUCGCCGGAAGCUACUGGAGACCCUACCGGUCCUUGCAGCUGCACGUAGGGACUGCUGAUGGCUUCUACAGCAACUGCCAGACGCGCGCCACGAUCGCGCAAGGAAGUCCGUACAAUGCUGACGUGGCAUUCUUUGGCUAUUCGGAUGCGGCGCACAGCUUUGACGGCGUGUCGCAGACAUGGGCGAGUUCCAAGUGCACGGCCGCUGAGAUCCCGACCAAACCCGACGAGUGCGCGAUGAGAGCCGGCGACAUCGACGGCCUGGCAUUCCUCAAAACCAAGCUCGGUCUGUCUUAGAUCGGUGGCAAGGGGUUAAGGAGGAGGGGGAGGGGGGGGGGGGGGGGGGGAGGGAAAAACACUCGAAAACAAUUGCUUGUUUGCCUGUCAAAUUUUGACAAUCAAUAGAUCGAGAAAAC